CUUAGCAUUUUGGGGAAGGAACGGGAGAGAUAUUUUUUAUCUUUUCCUUUCUUCCGUUUCUCUUUUGAUCGUCUUUCUCCCCAAGGAAAUCUAAAUCCAAUGCUAAGGUUCCGUGUUACAGUUCACAAACAUCUAGUCUAAGUCAUAUGUUAUCAUAACUUUAUAGAUUCUAGUAGUUUUGUUUCAGUUUUGGUUUUGGGUGAUGAUGUUUAUGCAAUAAAUUUGUCGAAAAGGAAAAAACAUAAGCUGUCUUGGGUUUUAGUUUGGUUUUGGGUUUUGGGUUUUGGGUUUCUGGUGUCAGAAGAAUGGCAAAUGGAGGAGAGAAAAGUAAUGAUUUUUAUGCUGUUUUGGGGUUGAACAAGGAGUGCUCUGCAUCAGAACUCCGGCAUGCGUAUAAGAAACUUGCAAUGAGGUGGCACCCAGAUCGGUGUUCAGCAUCAGAGAAUUCAAAGUUUGUGGAAGAAGCCAAGAAGAAAUUCCAGGCGAUUCAGCAAGCCUAUUCUGUUCUGUCUGAUGCAAAUAAGAGGUUUCUGUACGAUGUUGGAGCGUAUGACAGUGAUGAUGACGAAAAUGGGAUGGGUGAUUUCUUGAAUGAAAUGGCAAUCAUGAUGAACCAAACAAAGCCAAAUGAGAAUGGACGAGAGGAAACCUUUGAGGAGCUACAGAAACUGUUUGCAGAUAUGUUUCAAGAUGACAUUGAAGCAUUUGGAUCUAGUUGUCAAUCUAGUACAUCUUGUUCUGCUACCUCUUCCUUUUCAUCUUAUGGUGAAAGUUCUAGCUCCAACAGGCAGAAUUCCUCUGAAAUGAACUUGGGGGAGGCUAAUAUGCAGAGUUCCGGUUUCAAUGCACAUUUUCACAAUUUCUGUUUAGGAUCAGGUGGAACACAAGCAAGAAUUCAAGAAGGGGAAAGGAACAAGAGUAGGAAUUCAAGGAAGAGCAGGCGUUAGCGCGAGUAGUAAACGGAGUCAUGGCAGGAACCGAAAGGUUUCCCCCACUGACAAUGGCAUUUCUGCUUCAUGAUACUUGAUUAAACCACAUUCAACGGUUGGCGCACUCAACGUAUUGACUUAGCAACUAGGGAUGAACGAGGUGAUACCUAGGGGAGCGCAGAAUCACGUAGCUAGCUAAAGCCUUCUGAUCAUAAUUAAGCAUGCUGAAGCACCAACUCCACCAGCAUGAGAAGCCAAAGAAACAAUCACAGAAGAAUUUUUCUAGCUUAGACAAUGGAUUGUUAGGGUUUAAAUUUUAUCCUUCGAUGGUUAGUACUCUAGAUUGGUGACAAUUUCAAUGAAUUUUCACUUGUGGUAUCAUUUAUGCAUGCCUCUUUUAUGCAUACUUGCUUUCUAAUGCAAAUCAAUGGGCUAAUCUUUAGCCUAAGAUUGUUGCUUGGUAACUUUGGAACUCUAUGUAUUUUUUUUAUUUUUUUGACGGGAAAAAAUUUUAGGUUAGAUUAAUUAAUAUUUGUAUUUUUG